AUGAUCGAGCCUUUAGCAGCAGCUGUAGUAAACAGUUUUUUGCUGCGUACACCUGCUGGCCGUGCCUCUGCAUUUAGGCCUUCUUUAGAACACAUGGGUCGGCCCAUACGCCGUCCCUUAUUACGCGACUUUUUUACACCAACCACGAGACAAUGGAAAGGCAAAGAGAAAGCCGUGGAGCAGGAUGUAGAAUAUGCUCAGUGUGCCGAGUGUGCCGAAUGGCUCUUGGGAGGAACACAUGAUUCAUGCUGCGUCAUGAGACAUUCUGUCUGGUGUCCAAGACGAAAUCGUAUGUUCACGACCAAUGACGGGGUGCCCCGUCGACCUCAAACAUCCAAUCAUUCUGCAAGUCUUCCAAAUGUCCGACGCUAUUCGUCAUCUCUUCCGUCGUGUUCAAAUUCACCACAACCCAAUCAUCUCUCUACGGCCUUGUCCUCACCGGCCCCUGAAUCACUGGACGUCAUAACUUCUCCUUUGAACCAUUUCCAGUCCCUCCUGCAAGAAAACUACCCAUUUAACCUGGAUGAUGCAUGGAAUGCUUACCAGAUGCUCAUUGACUCUGACGAUAACCAACAUCUGGAACCGUUAGAUGUCUUAAACUUUACCCAAAAGCUAUCUGCUGCUACAGAGGCAGGUAGCGAGGACAAUGGUGGUGUUUCGUAUUUUCGCGAGUGGGGCACACGACUUGCCGCGCUGAAUCAGCGGAUGGAGUCCAUGUUCGAGAAGCAUUCAAGCGAAGAUAUUACGAGGUUGAAACUCGUUGCGAGAGCCUCGGCAUAUUUAGGAGAUCUGGACCAUGCAAUCAUUGCCGCCCACGAACUUUCGGAUCUACUUGUUGACGGACGGAGAGAGGACUUGUUGGAUAUUUAUGAAACCCUUAUCCGGUCAAUGGCGCUUCAUCGAGACAGCGAGCACGUUCUGGAUUUUGUUCUUGCAGAAUGGGCCAAUAUCGGCGCCCAUCUUUUGCCACUCUCUACUCGCUUGCAGCUUUGGAAAACCGCCAUAAAAGUAUCAUCGUUCCAAGAUACGAUUUACUCGGCUUUGGCCCACAUACCGGAUGCUGCAUCUCUAUUGGCAAAGCGACGACACUGGGAUAUGGAGACGCGGCAGCGUAUGUCGGUCCUGCUGCUGGACGUUUUUUGCUGGGAAGCCCUGGCAGAGGAUGCGUAUACAUUGUUGAAAGAAAUGCGCGCGCAGGAGCUAUCCAUACGAAUUGACCUGCAAUUACAUGUGGUCCGCUCGCUUGUUCGCGCCGACUCUUUCAUUCGCGCCAAUGAGCUGUACAGAACCAUAUCGGACUCGACAAACGCCCGGCAUAAAUUUUUCAUCUCUACUGGGAUGUUCCUCGCUUCACAUCAGGGCGACAUUGACCGCGCCGAUGAGUAUUAUACCCAACUCUGCACAGCGCAGUGGGUUACGCCGCAGGAUAAAGCCACCCUCAUGCAUGCGUAUGCAGUUGCCGGACAAGUGGGCAAAGUUGUCGAACUAUUUCACGAGUUCUUCCCUGACCCGGAGAAUUUACGGCUCACAGCAAAGCCUUCAAUUGUGCACUACACCAUCGUGGUGUACGCACAUGCAGAGCGCGCGGAUUACGACGGGCUCAAUUUUUGGCUCCAGGCCAUGUCGAAAGCUGGACUAGUUCCGGAUAUCUAUGUCUACAGUAUCAUCCUCAAAAGCUUUGCUACGCGUGGAGAAGUAGAGUCCGUCUCCGCCGUUUUGGACCAGAUGCGCGCUGCCAAGAUCAUGCCCACUCGUGUCUUGUACACAACUGUCAUUGCUCUUCUCGCACAUAGGAGGGACCCUGUAUCAGCGGAAGCCGUGUACAAACGUGCGUUACGUGAAGGGAUAGCUCCUGACCGCAAGAUGGUCACUUCUCUCAUGAAUGCACACGUGGAAGCUGGUUCUUGGCCGGGAGUAGUGCGCGUUUUCGACUACCUAAAAUCCUCUCGAAACCCUCGCCUUCGGCUUUCGGUAGAAGUCUACAACACUCUCUUAAAGGCUUACGUCCUUAUCGGUGCCCCUUUUCAUGUCGUCUCUGGCAUAUUUCGCAAGCUCGAGGCUAUGGGCGUGCAGCCAAAUGGACGGAUGUAUACUCUUAUCAUCCAGUCGGCCUGCGAUGCAGGAUACAUGAACAUCGCCAACAAGAUUUACGCCGAAAUGCAGGCAGCCUCAAAAGACUGGCAGACAACCUACCGUGUUGACGCCUACGUGUCAACGAUCGUCAUGGCUGGUCAUUUGCGGCUGGGUGACAAGCGUAGUGCCAAGGCUGCUUAUGACGACAUGUGCGAACGAGGCAUUCAACCUACAUCUGCCACAUUCCAUCAUAUCCUCCGCGCUUAUGGUAACGAGAAGACUAAAGAAAGCUUCCAAAUUGCAGAAGGCUUCUUGAAGACCAUCAUGGUUGGUGAGUCUUCGGCGUCGUGGAUCCCUCCACAGACUCGCGCAGCUGCGCUUGAGCACGUCUACGGUCCACUCAUGCUCGCGUAUACGAAAAACGAUGAACCGGAGGAGGUGGAGCGGUUGUUCCAAUCCAUGUUGGAUGCAGGUGGAGAACCUUCGUUGGGCAGCUUGACAGUGCUCCUCGACGCCUACCGUCGCUCUGGUGACAUCGAAGCCACCCAUGGUCUUUGGCCACAAAUAUGGCAACUCGCAUUACGUUUUUCGAAGGUGGAUUCUCUCUUCGAAGGAGAAGCUGACAACCCCUCCGACCCCACGAAACGUCAGGGCAAUCUUCUCUGUGUCCCCCUAUCCAUAUAUAUUGAUGCACUUUCUGCGGCUGGGGAACACUUCGUGAUUGCCGAGAUGUGGGGGAAAGCGAGAUCUCAUGGCUUUAGCUUCGAUUCACAUAAUUGGAACCAUUUAGCGGUUGCUUUGGUCCGCGCGGGCGAGCCGGAGCGGGCCUUCGAGAUAGUGGAGCGGGUAUUGCUACCUUAUCAGCGCCAGAGCGAGGCUGUACUCCGUAACAGAGACAAGUCUCCUGAUUCGCCUCUCACUUUCGAUAACAAUCCCGCAGACGUUAGCAAACCAGCUUCUCAGUCGCCGAUGCACCGGAGCGAGCGCCGCGCUUAUCAGUCGAAAGUAGCUACCAGGAGAUCCGGCGACGAGCUAGAAAUGGACCCAGCCUCGGAUGAUUUUGCUCAUCCAUUACACAUACUACACCAGAUAUCCCCUUCCUGGAAUGUUUGGCGCCCUCAUCGUGCUGUACUUGACCUGUUGUCAGGAGUACUGCGCCAUCUGGGAUCUGGGACGCCUGUCCAACCGGUGGGAGACCGCAGCUCAGCGCCACAGGCACUAGACCCUGACUCUGACGACGUUUUCACCCGUGGAAAACUCGCGCGAGAAAUGCUUGACCGCAUUUAUCUCAAUUAUCCUGACACAGCCGAAUGUAUUCGCAUUCACGAGCGUUGGACCGCACGAAAAUCUUCGUUGGGGAGACUGGACGAUGGGUGGUAG